AUGUUCGAUCAAAAACAAGUACAAGAAUUUAAAGAAGCCUUUAAUCUUAUGGAUCAAGAUCGUGAUGGUACAGUUAGUAUGGAUGAUCUUAAAGAAGUAUAUGCAUCACUUGGAAAAGCACCAAAAGAUGCUGAACUAAAAGCCAUGCUUGAUGAAGCUCAAGGUGCAGUUAACUUUACUAUGUUAUUGACAUUAUUCGGAGAUCGAUUAAAUGGUACCGAUGAAGAAAAUGUUAUUUUAAAUGCAUGGAAAAAUUUCGAUCAAGAAGGACACGGAUUUAUUAAUCAAAAAAGUCUACGAGAAGUACUUACUGGUGAAGGACGUCCAGAUGAAAGAUUAACCGAUAUGGAGUUCAGUCAAAUGCUUGAUGGUGCUCCAAUAGAUCCAAAGGGAAAUCUUGAUUAUGGUGCAUUUACACGACAGAUCAAACGUGGCAAAGAAGACGAGUAG